GGAGGCUGUGCUAGCUUAUGUGUGUACAUGGGCACUCACAAAGCACUGUGAUACUUACAUCAUUCUGUCUCUUCUUCUGUCAUUGAUUCAACUGCAAGGGGCUGAGGUUGAUUCCUGACCAGGCUGCUAGGAGGCCAGGGAUGUCCCUUGUGCAUGCUGCCUAGAGACCCUACCUUCCUGAGCAAGUCAGGAAAAGCUCCUUGGGUAGGCUGGGAAAAGGAAGAGCCCCCGCCUCUGAUCACCAGUUUUGUACUGGAUGCUUUACUUGGACCCAUCUUUCUGCCUGUGACAGGAUUCUCUGUGGGACAGCCAGAGAUGUCCCCCCAAAGUGAGCCCAGAGAAGGAUCUCAUAAUGUCCAGGAGCAGAUGGGCUCUUCCAGGGAAGAGAACACUCUGGGCACAUGCUCAGGGCACAAGGCCCCCAGACUGGAGGAAGGUGAGGCUCCCUGCAGAGGCAGCCAGAUGUGCAUGCCACAGAAGGCUGAGCCUGUGGGCUCCUGCCCGGGGGAUGAGUGGAUGAUUCGGAAGGUGAAGGUGGAGGAUGAAGACCAGGAGGCAGAAGAGGAGGUAGAAUGGCCCCAGCAUCUAUCGUUACUUCCCAGCCCGUUCCCUGCGCCUGACCUGGGGCAUCUGGCCGCUGCUUACAAACUUGAGCCAGGAGUCCCGGGAGCACUGAGUGGGGUUGCACUGUCGGGGUGGGCCCCUAUCCCGGAGAAGCCCUAUGGUUGCGGGGAGUGCGAGCGGCGCUUCCGGGACCAGCUGACUUUGCGACUGCACCAGAGGCUGCACCGGGGCGAGGGUCCCUGCGCCUGCCCGGACUGCGGCCGCAGCUUCACGCAGCGCGCGCACAUGCUGCUGCACCAGCGCAGCCACCGAGGUGAGCGGCCUUUCCCAUGCUCCGAGUGCGACAAGCGCUUCAGCAAGAAGGCCCACUUGACCCGCCACCUGCGCACGCACACGGGCGAGCGGCCCUACCCGUGCGCAGAGUGCGGCAAGCGCUUCAGCCAGAAGAUACACCUGGGCUCCCACCAGAAGACCCACACCGGUGAGCGCCCCUUCCCCUGCACGGAGUGCGAGAAGCGCUUUCGCAAGAAGACACACUUGAUCCGGCACCAGCGCAUCCACACAGGAGAGAGGCCCUACCAGUGCGGGCAGUGCGCUCGCAGCUUCACGCACAAGCAGCACUUGGUGCGGCACCAAAGGGUGCACGAGGCUGCCAGCCAGUCCCGGCCCUCUCCAGACGCGCCGGCCUCGCCCUAUUCCUCCGCUCCGUCGCCCACCCCGUCCCCUCCUGGGCCAAAACCUUUCUCCUGCUCCGACUGCGGCUUGAGUUUCGGCUGGAAAAAGAACCUCGCGACGCACCAGCGACUGCACCGCAGCGAGGAUCGCCCCUUUGGAUGCGAACAGUGCGCAUUGGUCGCCAGCGUGGAUCCCUCCGCAGCAGAGCCCUUGGCCUGCGCGUCCGGAGGGCCAGGCUGCGGUACUGGUACGGGUCCGGCGGCGCCCCAGCACACCCCGUCGGGCGAGCGGUGCUUCUUCUGCCCGGAUUGCGGGCGCGGAUUCUCCCACGGGCAACACCUGACGCGGCACCGGCGCGUGCACACGGGCGAACGGCCCUUUGCCUGCGCGCAGUGUGGCCGCCGUUUCGGCUCGCGGCCUAAUCUGGUCGCCCACUCCCGGGCCCACAGCGGUGCCAGGCCUUUCGUCUGUGCUCAGUGCGGCCGCCGCUUCAGCCGCAAGUCUCACCUGGGGCGCCACCAGGCGGUGCACACGGGCAGUCGCCCGCACGCCUGCACCGUCUGCGCCCGUAGCUUUAGCUCCAAAACCAACCUGGUCCGCCACCAGGCCAUCCACACAGGCUCCCGCCCCUUCUCCUGCCCGCAGUGCGGGAAGAGCUUCAGCCGCAAGACGCAUCUGGUGCGGCACCAGCGCGUCCACGGCGAAGCUGCCCACACGACCUCAGACGCUGCACUCUCGACCCCAGCUUGGCCCAUUCCCACCCAGGGGGCGCCGCCCCCGCUCUUCUUCUGAGUCUCCUCGCCAGGACCCGUCCUCCCCUUACCAGAUUCCUAGGGACCGGUGCCACUGGACCUCCUGGGCGGUGGGCCCAGGCUGCUGCGGGCCAUUUUCCUUCCCUCAGGAGUCGGAAGAGCAUACCCAUCUCUGACGUUCCCGGAAAACAGGACGACACAACGCGCAGAGUGAAUUCUUGCUGGGAACAGGUCAGCUUGAAGUCUUUGGAAGACACCCAGCCAUAUGUCCUACCUGAAACCAAGCAUUCCCCAGACCUCAAGUGGCCAAAGACAGGCUGGGGCAGGGACCUGUGGCGGGUUGGAAAGAGUGGUUAUCCAUGUACUGAAAGUUUCAUUAAAAAACACCAGUGGUUCUGGGGCUGUUAAGUGAGCUGGGAGUGGGGAACGUCUGGUUCCCUUUAGCCCCUGUGCCAUCUCCAUACACACACACACACACACACACACCCUUCUCUUUCUGUCCUGGGUGAGUAAAC